CCCAACGAUCUGUUCAUCAUUGUUCUUUAAAAACCCAUUUCCUUCUCCCUCUCAAACCCACCAUUUCCAUUCCCAUCUUCUUCCGUUCUUCAUUUCUCCCCAAAAUUCCUCAACAAUGGCGUCCCUCUGUAAAAUCUUCAUCCCCUUCCUUUCCCUCCUCGCCCUCCUCCUCUCCUCCGCCCAUUCCCUCACAUGUUCUUCCCAAUCCUUCCCCAACCGCACCUUCGCCCAUUGCCAAGACCUCCCCCACCUCAACGCCUUCCUCCAUUGGACCCACGACCCCAAAAACUCCUCCCUUUCCCUCGCCUUCAUCGCCCCUCCGCCCCACUCCGUCGGCUGGGUCGCCUGGGCUAUUAACCCCACCGCUACCGGCAUGUCUGGUUCCCAGGCCCUAAUUGCUACUCUUUCCGCCGAUACCCCUACUGUUCGUACCUUCGAUGUCGCCUCCUACUCCUCCGUCCGUCCUGCGCCGCUCUCCUUCCCUGUCUGGGAUAUUGCCGCUGAAUUUGCUGAUAAACGAAUCACGAUCUUCGCUACUGUGGAAGUUCCGGCGAAGGCUAAGUCGGUGAACCAUGUGUGGCAAGUUGGAACUAAGGUCGACCCGGCUACUGAUGCGCCGAAGAUUCAUGAGUUUGCGCCGGCUAAUUUGAAGGCGAAAGGCGUGUUGGUGUUUGAUGGGGAGGGGGGUGGUGGUUCUCCUGCGUCUGCGCCGGAGGAUGCUGGGGUUAGUGAAAAUGGCGGUGCUGCCGCCGCUGCCUCUGCGCCGGGAUCGUCGGAUAAGGGUGGGGCUGAUGGGACUGGUAACGGAAUUCCGGGGUUUGUUGUGGGUUUAGUUGCGUUUAGUUGGGGGGUUAUUAGUUUCUCCUUUUAAAUAUUUUGGGGAGAAAUGGAGAAAAAAAAAACCGUAUCAUUUUACAGAUGUCUAUUUUGGGGAAUUAUAAUAAUAUAUUCUUUUAAAU